AAGUCUGCAGCUUGGAACCAUGGGUAAGGCCAAUUCUUCAGUGGUGUCUGAAUUUGUACUUUUGGGACUCUGUAGUUCUCAAAAACUCCAGCUUUUCUUUUUUUUUUUCUUCUCUGUGUUGUAUAUGGUCAUUGUGCUGGGAAAUCUUCUCAUUAUCCUCACAGUGACUUCUGAUACCAGCCUGCACUCCCCUAUGUACUUUCUCUUGGGAAACCUUUCCUUUGUUGACAUUUGUCAGGCUUCUUUUGCUACCCAUAAAAUGAUUGCAGAUUUUCUGAGUGAACACAAGACCAUAUCUUUCAGUGGCUGCAUAGCCCAAAUUUUCUUUAUUCACCUUUUUACUGGAGGGGAGAUGGUGCUACUUGUUUCGAUGGCCUAUGACAGGUAUGUAGCCAUAUGCAAACCCUUAUACUAUGUGGUCAUCAUGAGCCGAAGGACAUGCACUGUCUUGAUAAUGAUCUCCUGGGCUGUGGGCUUGGUGCACACAUUAAGCCAGUUAUCAUUUACUGUGAACCUGCCUUUUUGUGGACCUAAUGUAGUAGACAGCUUUUUUUGUGAUCUUCCUCGAGUGACCAAACUUUCCUGCCUGGGCUCUUACAUCAUUGAAAUACUAAUUGUGGUCAAUAGUGGAGUUCUUUCCCUAAGCACUUUCUCUCUCUUGGUCAGCUCCUACAUCAUUAUUCUUGUUGUGGUUUGGCUCAAGUCUUCGGCUGCAGUGGCGAAGGCAUUUUCUACGCUGGCUUCCCAUAUCGCAGUAGUAAUAUUAUUCUUUGGACCUUGCAUCUUCAUCUAUGUGUGGCCAUUUACCAUCUAUCCUUUGGAUAAAUUUCUUGCCAUAUUUUACACUGUUUUCACCCCCAUCCUAAACCCCAUUAUUUAUACACUAAGGAAUAGGGAUAUGAAGGCUGCCAUAAGGAAAAUUGUAAACCAUUACCUGAGGCCAAGGAGAAUUUCUGAAAUGUCACUAGCAGUGAGAACUUCCCUUCAUUAAGACAAAACUCCUUCAAAUUCCUCAGGUCAAUACUGUGUUUAAUAUUUUAAUGUAUUUUUGUGGUAUAUCUCAAUU